AUGGCAGCAGAGGUAGCAGCAGGAGCAUGGGCCGCCGAGGAAGUGGUGUCCACGGGUGUGCAAGCCGGCGUUGGCGCUUACAUGGUCGCGAAGCCGACAAUGCCACUCGAAGCGCACUUCAGACAGAUUGUGACAACACAAGAUGAUGGAACAAGACUAUCUCUGCUACGAUCCAACAACAGCAUCAAUGUGGUCGGCCACCGCGCAUACAUCUUUGGUGGAGAGCUAGACGGGAAGCUUGCGGGCAAUGAGAUGCACUCGAUCAACCUCCAGCACACCGAGAAGCCAGAAGAACCAGAGUCUGCCUAUUCCAUACUUCCAGCAAUCGCGGACGAGAUAGAUGGAGACGGACUUCCAGCACCACGCACCAAGCACGCCGCAAGCCACUUGAACAUCUGCGUCGCUGUCUUUGGUGGCGUGGACGAAGAUGGAAAGCUUGUCGACCGUGACUCGACCCUUUGGCUCUACGUGACAGCCAAGUCAGCAUGGCAGCGUUUCGACGCCGAAGAGUCUGGCGUCGCACCUGUUCAAAGGCACUCUGCCAAGCUCUUUGAACACAACAAUAAUCUCGUCCUCUACGGCGGUAUUGAUGCUGAGGGACAAGAGCUCAAAGAUGUGUGGCACUUCAACUACUCUUCACGGAAAUGGACGCCCCUCGCAUCCGCCCCAGUCUCGACCCUCAACGCCGCGCUCGUCGAAGGCACACUGCACCUAAUCCACUCCAACGAACCCAUGAGCAGCGACGUUCACACCCUGAACACCACCAACCCCGAGAAAGCCGAAUGGCAAACCCACUCCUUCCCCAUAAACCCACUCGCACCGGGUCCCAGACCAAGAGUUGGCGGAGGACUUGUCCCAGUCUCAACAGGCUAUGGCCGCAAUUACCUCCUCUACUUCUUCGGAGCUCGCCAGAACCCCUCAACACAUGAGACUAAAUCUCCCAACGAGACUGAAGAUCCGACACAAUGGUCUGACCUCUGGACAUACCAAGUUGGAUCCAGCAAGCCCGAAGCAAAAGUCACCACGAGCCUUGCAGAUGCCAUCAAGCCCGCGGCGAUCAAAGAUGCGAUUCGUUCGAAGCUUGGCUACGAUACUGGGAGCCACAGCUGGGCUGAGGUCGAAGUCCAGCCGCCAGAGGACUUGCCCGAGGGUGAAGGUAAAGUACAUCCUGGUCCUCGAGCGUACUUUGGUUACGAUGUGACUGGUGAUGGUCAUCAAGUGGUGAUGUGGGGUGGCAUGAAUGCGAAGGGCGAGCGUGAGGGCGAUGGGUGGUUGAUCACGUUCUCGUGA